AUGGAAGUUUUGUGCAUCUGUGGACAAUGGAUCUCAAAAGAAUAUCUCCAGUGGGAGUUUCUUGUUGAUUUGAAGAGGAAUGCAUCAAUCAUUUCCAUAGAAGAAGAUCUACUGUAUGAAGAUUUGAUGAAAAUUGUCUCUGAAGAUUUUAGUGUUAAAGAGGAAGAAAUCAGUUUGAGUUAUGGUAAUACUCGUCAGCUCAGAACUUUCAUUUCCAAGACUAGAGCAUUUGAUGGAACCUGUCGUUUGUGUGUUAAGGUUAGUACUGAUCCAGCUAGCUGUAACACUCAAGCUUCUGAUACAUUUGCUUCUCCUGUUCCAUUGAAUGCCAAUCCAAUGAUUCUUUCUACUGUGCAGAGAGAAAAGCAGAGUCUUCUAUAUGAAGGUGUUUCUGCAGUUCCCCUGAAUGCUCUUCCGAAUUUUAGCCCUGUCCAUAUUGGACUUUCACCAACCACAAGAGGAGCUGGCGAUAUUAAGGUGAAUAGCUAUUUUAAGACAAAGAGAGAGUUGAUGUUGAGGAUGAAGAAAUGGGCUUUAGAGUGGAAGUUUGAGUACAAGACUGUCUCUUCUAACAAGUCAAGAGUGCUUUUGAGUUGUGUUGAUGAAAAUUGCACGUGGAGGAUGCGUGCUAUCAAGCUACCUCUUUCAGAUUUUUUCGUUGUUAAAAAGUAUGUUCAUGAGCAUACAUGCGAUACAACACACAGGAAAGCCAACCACAGACAAGCAUCUGCAAAGUUGUUGGGUUCUUUGAUUUGCAGCAAUUAUGGAGAAAAAAAGGAAGGUCUCAAACCGAAACAGAUCAUUGAACAGGUCAGGAUGCUGCAUGGUGUUCACAUCAAUUACAAACAAGCUUGGAGAGUGAGAGAAGAAGCUCAGAUUUUGGUUAGAGGGACUCCUGAAGACAGCUAUUACAAUUUGUCUAGGUGGUUGUAUAAAAUCACAGAAACAAACCCUGGUUCCUUGACUUAUCAACAUGUGGAUGCUGCAGGAAAGUUCAAGUAUGCAUUUGUGGCUUUUGGUCCUUCGAUAAGGGGAUUCUCAUUGAUGAGGAGAGUUAUUGCAGUAGAUGGUACAUUUCUGAAGGGAAAAUUCAAUGGGACUUUAUUGGCAGCUUGUGCUCAAGAUGGGAAUUAUCAUCUAUAUCCUCUCGCCUUUGCAGUGGUUGACGCAGAAAAUGGCGCCUCUUGGAAAUGGUUCUUUAGAGGUUUGAGCCAGAAGAUCCCGGACGCUUCGGAUCUUGUUUUUGUAUCAGACAGGGCUAACUCCAUUUCUUCAGCGUUGGAGGAUGUAUAUCCCUUAUCUCACCAUGGAAUUUGCAGGAUCCAUCUGCUCCGCAACAUCACUCCUACAUAUGCGAAGACUGGGUUGCUACCUCUGGUGGAAAGCGCUGCUGAUGCCUAUACGUGUCACGAGUUCUGGUUAAUCUUCAAGGACAUAAAGGAUAAAUGUCCUGAAUUGGCUAAGUAUCUGGAAGAUUCUGAUUUUAGGAAGUGGGCACGAAGCUAUGCGCCUGCGAACAGGUAUAAUAUCAUGACUACCAACAUUGCAGAGUCUCUCAAUUCUAUGUUGAGGAUGCCUCGUGAGUUGCCCAUUAUCUCUCUCCUUGAAACUAUCAGAUUGACGAUGACCACUUGGUUUUUUGAGCGACGCGAAGCGGCUGCGAAACAUAAGCACCUGGUUACUCCAAAAGUUGUGCAGAAAUUGGUAUCUAGGUUAGGGGCCGCAAUGUUGUUGAAUGUGUAUCAAGUUGAUCGAAGCGAGUUUGAGGUGAAGAAUGAAACAAUGAAGUUUGUUGUUGACUUGGAGAAGCGGCAUUGCACAUGUAAUGUUUUCGACAUUGACAAGAUCCCCUGCAUCCAUGCCAUCGCUGCUGCUAAGCAUAUCAAGAGAGAUGAAAACCUUUUUGUUGAUGCUUCUCACUUGACAGAAACGUGGGCUAAAGCUUAUGCUGAAAGCAUACAUCCUGGUGGAGAGUUGUCAACGUCCACCUAUCCAGAGAAUAUUGAUGAACUGUCUUGCCCACCUCCAGCUACCAAAAAGAAAAGUGGACGCCCUCCUACAAAGAGAAAGAGAUCCGUUGGCGAGUUUGGGGUUCCUGGAUCUAAAUCUCAGUCCCACAAGUGCAGCAGAUGUGGCACAGGAGGGCACAACAAGAGCACAUGCGAGAGGCCUAUAGGAUGA